GCUCGUCCCGCCCUCAUUCAAGAUGGCGACGCCCCAAGCCAACAGGGCAGCUCCCCGCGCGGGCUGUUGCCAGUAACAGACAUGGCGGAGGGCACGGCUGAUUCGGACGGGCGCUGAAGCCGAAGGAAACGGCCAGGAGUUAAGAUGGCGGCAAUAGAGGUUCGGUUGCCGGUGGCCCGUAAGCUCGCGGGCCAGAGCCAGGCAAGAGGGAGCGACAAGCACCUGGUGGCUCCGGGGGACACGAUCACCACAGACACGGGCUACAUGAGGGGCCAUGGCACGUAUAUGGGAGAUGAGAAACUUAUAGCAUCUGUCGCAGGCGCUGUUGAGAGAGUGAACAAACUGAUCUGUGUCAAAGCUCUGAAAACCAGAUAUAACGGGGAAGUUGGUGACAUUGUGGUUGGGAGAAUCACAGAGGUUCAACAGAAACGAUGGAAGGUGGAGACCAAUGCCCGGCUGGAUUCAGUCUUGCUUCUCUCAUCCAUGAACCUACCAGGAGGGGAGCUAAGGAGGAGAUCAGCAGAGGAUGAGCUUGCAAUGAGGGACUAUCUACAGGAAGGGGAUCUUAUCAGUGCAGAAGUCCAGGCUGUAUUUUCUGAUGGGGCUGUGUCACUGCAUACACGGAGCCUGAAAUAUGGGAAGCUUGGCCAGGGUGUGCUGGUUCAGGUCUCCCCCUCCCUUGUGAAACGCCAGAAGACUCAUUUCCAUGAUCUGCCCUGUGGCGCCUCCGUGAUUCUUGGCAACAAUGGCUUCAUCUGGAUCUACCCAACGCCUGAGCAGAAGGAUGAAGAGGCAGGGGGCUUUGUCACCAAUCUGGAGCCAGUCCCCUUACAUGACCGGGAGGUAAUCUCACGUCUCCGGAACUGCAUCCUGGCUCUGGUUGCUCAGAAACUGAUGCUCUACGAUACCAGCAUUGUGUACUGCUAUGAGGCCUCCCUUCCCCAUCAGAUCAAAGACAUUCUCAAACCAGAGGUGAUGCAGGAGAUUGUGCUGGAGACUCGGCAGAGGCUGUUGGAACUGGAAGGAUGAGGGAAGGAGCAUUGACUCCCCAACUUUGUGCAUUGCCCAUAUCCUCCAAACGUCAUUCCAGAGCUCCCUUGUCCUGACUCCCCUUGUCUCACUUCCAGGAUUCCUUCUGGCUUGUAGGGCGAUGUAAACCCCUCAGCCUGCAGAAUGGAGAAAUGUGACAAGUGGCUGCUAUUGGGAUGUCGCUCGCUAGAUUAUUUGCCCUGGUGGGGAAUUGCCUCUCAAGUAUCCCUAAUAUGGUCCACAGUGUUAGAGGACAGAAGAAACAGGGUAUUUUGUUUUGCCUUAUGGUCCUUUCCUCUCCUCCAGAAGUAUCACAUAGCCAGGCCUAGCAGUGUUUGAUCUUGACAGUGAUGGGAGCUCUACUAAUAUGUCCUUUAUUCAAGAGAUGCAUUUUCCCCUGAAGACCCACAUAGCAGCUACAGAUCUGCAAAGGACAGGAUUCAUUGCAGAGCCUGUGAAUGGAUAUGUCAGCAUGCUUCGUGGAUCGCUCUGCCACCUUCCAAACACACACUGGAAUUGAAUGUUCAGUACUUGCAUUUUCUGUGCUUACAAUAGAGUGCACAGAAUGGUACAAAAACCCACUGGUGACCGGUGGCCAUCUCACUGCAUAUUGAGUGCUCAUAGGACGCCUGUCUUGAUCUUCUGAGUCCGGAGCAAAAUGUAUUUUUCCAUCCCAUGCACAGAAGGGAUGAUCCCAACAUUUUAUUUUGUAGGUCUGAUACUUUGAGCUUCAGCUGUUGUUUCCCACUAGAUUUAUUUUUUUUAAAAAUCAAUAAAGAAUUCUUUUGUCAGA